GCUAGCCCACACUACCCCAGAUCCUGCUCCUUUUCUGUGCCCUGCUGUCCUCGACCACUUUGAGCCUGUAUCCCUCUCUUCUCUCUCGGAUAUAGUCAAGCACCUGCGGCCAACAAACUGCUCCUCAGACAGCAUUCCCUCUCGCCUUCUCAGAGAUGUUUUCGAAUCAGUUGGUGCAAGUAUUUUGUUACUUAUAAACACCUCUCUUAGCCCAGGAUGUAUCCAAGCUGCCUUCAAACAUGCCGUGGUCCAGCCACUACUUAAAAAGAAAAAUCUCGACCCCUCCAUUCUCGCCAAUUUUAAGCCCAUCUCCCAGCUUCCUUUUUUACCUAAAGCCCUGGAGCGAGUACUCUACGCCCAGCUGCAGUCUUUUUUAACCAUGAAUGGCAUCCAUGAAAAGUUUCAGUUUGGCUUCAAACCCAUGCACAGCACUGAAAAAGCCCUUUUAAGAGUUUUUAAUGAUCUGCUCCUAGCCGCCGACUCAGGUAGCCCAGCUGUCCUGGUGCUGUUAGACCUGACAGCUGCCUUUGACACUGUGGACCAUAGCAUCCUGUUGUCACGGCUUGAACAGUCCGCAGGCAUCGCAGGCUCUGCCCUUACAUGGUUCAGGUCCUACCUGACAGACCGUAGCUUCUCAGUGCAGCUAGGUGCCUUCUCCUCUGCCAAAGCCCCUCUUACCUGUGGGGUUCCCCAAGGCUCGAUUCUGGGCCCCAUCCUUUUUCUACUGUACAUACUGCCCCUAGGUUCAAUUCUCCCAAAACGCAACAUCCCCUUCCAUUGUUACGCUGAUGAUGUACAGAUCUAUCUGCCUUUCAAUUCAAAUUUCAACUCACUACAGCAGUUGAUGGACUGCUUGACAGCGAUCAAAUCCUGGCUGAGUCAGAAUGUCCUCAACCUCAACGAGGUUUGA